AUGAACGAAACGAAAACGACUCACAAUGGCUUCGCCUUUGGCCUUCGAGAUCUCCACGAAGAGGACAUUCGAACGGUGAGACGUAGUGCGCGGUGGUCUACGAUGGAACCGUGCAGGUGUCUGAGACGCCGUCGACCUAUGACUCGCGCUGUGCCCUCCACGACAGUGUUCGCAGCAUCUGGCACCGCUUUGAAAGCCGCGCCAGACCUGCCAGCCACUCACGUUGAUGUGCGCGCAGCGCCUCCAGCCAAUGAACGAUCCGGCUGUCACGUGUGCGUGCGUGCGCACGUCGCCACACUCGGUGGGAAUCUCGCCUUAUACGUUUCGAUGCUUGCUUGUCUCUCCUGUGUUGUCUCUCCUGUCAUCGUGGCGUCUGGACACGUCAGUUCCACCGCUUCCUUCACUUGUCGCCUCAUCUUCCAACGAAAAUCGUGGUUGAUUCCACGUGGACCUCUCCGAUGGGGUGGGUCGCGUCGUGAUCGCAGUUGCAUGAUGUGGCUGUGGUUGAGGGUGUGUUUUGACAGUCUGCGUCGUCAAGAUGAGUGUUUGGAAGCUGCCAUAUCGACAUUCCCAGGCACUGCUUGUGUAGUUGACAGAAGAGUGUGGCGGUUUUAG